AUGCAUCACCGCCGCCUGCCCUCUCACCACCACAGCCAAAGCGCCCUUCGGCGCCGUCUCGCCAAGAACCCCGAGCUCGCUCAUAAACUACAUCAGAUGGCUCUGCCCCUCUCUCCUCUCGUCCAGCUCACAACUGGCGCCGUUCAUCCUCACUUCCCGCGCACCGUGCUGCAGUUUUGGCUUCUCACAGAUGCUCAACUCGAGUCUCUCGCCCACUUCUACCACCAGCGCACCCCCUCCCCCUGGUCUCGACAAUACCCUUGCCCGGUCAACUGGCGAUCUGACGCACCGCUGGAAGAGAAGCGUCGCAAGAUGGGCAGAUUCAUUGGUCUGAGAGGCUGUGAUAGCCCGGCUCUUAUGCUCAAGACAGAGGAGCAAAUUGCUAGAGAUGCCAGCAGAAACGCGGCCGAUGAGGAUGCCUUGAGGCGGAAGAUGAACCCCUUCUCUCAGCCAUGA